AUGCUCCGCCGGCUCCCAGGACUCUCGCGCCCUCUCGCGGCGCCCUUGCGGACGACUGCCCGCGCCCCCGCUCUCGGAGGGGUGCGGCAUGCGAGCAGCGGCACGACGCAUCCCCGGCGCUGGAUUGCAUCGUCCCUCAUCAUCGGGACAGUCGCCCUCCUCGGCUCAGUGUACUAUUACGACUCGCGGAGUGUCGCACACGAGCACGUCGUCAUGCCUGUUGUGCGCGCAAUCGCCGACCCCGAGCAGGGUCACAAGCUCGCGGUCAAGGUGCUCUCUGCGCCGUCGUGGGCGCGGCCCAUGGACAUGGGCGUCGAUGGGCCAGCCCUCAAGGCCGAGCUGAUGGGCAUGCCGCUCGUCAACCCCAUCGGUAUUGCUGCUGGGUUCGACAAGGAUGCGCAGUGCAUUGACGGAUUGUUCGACAUUGGAUUCGCGUACGUCGAGGUGGGGAGUAUUUGCCCUCAGCCUCAGAGCGGAAACCCUCUCCCCCGCUUCUUCCGACUCGAGGAGGACGACGCCGCCAUUAACCGGUACGGCUUCAACUCGCUCGGACACGGCCAGGCUCUCGGUCAGCUCCGCAAGCGUCUCGUCUCCUUCGCGGGUGACCACCCCGAGCUCUUCCCCAACGGCUCGCUCACCCCGCCUGCCGGCCUCCCCCGCUCGCUGCGCCCCGGGCACAUCCUCGCCGUCAACCUCGGCAAGAACAAGACGUCGCCUGCCGACUCUGACGACGACUACAUCCGCGGCGUGCGCACGCUGGGUCCCUACGCCGACGUCGUCGUGAUCAACAUCUCGUCGCCGAACACGCCGGGCCUGCGCGCUCUACAGAGCCGCGAGCCGCUCGAGCGCCUCCUCCGUGGGGUUGUGGCUGAGCGCGACGCUAUCGCUGUCGACGGUCUCCCCAAGGUUGCCGUCAAGGUCACCUGUGACCUGAGCGAGGAUGAGCUCGCCGACGUCGCCAGCGCAGUGCGCACGACUGGCGUCGACGGCGUCAUUGUCUCCAACACGACCCUCCGCCGCGAGGAGCUCGGCCUGCAGUCCGAAAACGCUGGCGAGGUCGGUGGUCUCUCAGGCCGCCCGCUGUUCCCGUACGCGCUUGCGGCGCUCAAGACGCUGCGGCCUCUCCUCCCGCCCAACGUGCCGAUCAUCGGCGCUGGCGGCGUGUGGGACGGAGAGGACGCGCUUGCCAUGGCCCGUGCCGGUGCCGCCAUGGUUCAGGUCUACACGGCUUUCGGAUACCGUGGGGUGGGCACGCCGCGCCUGCUCAAGGAUGAGAUCAAGCACGACCUUGUGCCGGGUGCAAGCUGGGAGAAGCAGGUUGGCGCCGACUACGGAGGUGUCGCGGGCAUGCGGUGGGACGCGUCGCGAGUGGCUGCUGAGGGCGCCAAGCUGCGCGCUGAGGCACACGAGCUCGGCAACGUGCUGAGUGAGAUCAGGGACAAGAUGCACACGCAUCGCCUCCACGAGAAGGACCCCGACCACCUCGCUGCCGUGAAUGCUGCCACCCUGGCUGCUGACGGCACAAGCCUCCCUAUUGACGCUGUGCGUGGGCUCGCGCAGCUCGCCGUCGUUGAGACGGCCGUGGGUGUCGAUGUUGUCGAGGCCGUCGAGGCUGCUCCUAUUGUUGUGGCUACUGUUGUCGUCGCCGCGCCUGCCGACCAGACAGCCACGCCAGCGGUGGUCGUGGCCCAGAAGGUGGAGCCCUCCAAACCCAAGGACGCUUUCACGGAGCAGGUGCAUUCGGGCAACCGCCGCUUGGUGUAG